UUUUAGCAAUUGAACGAGCUGUCGCAAUUAAUGCAGUCUUAAGGGCUAGCAAAGUUUGUCAAAAAGUUUUUCAAAACCUUGUAACGAGUGACACUGUUAUUAAGAAGGAUAGAUCCCCUGUGACAGUUGCUGAUUUUAGUGCGCAGGCAGUUGUAAACACAAUAUUAUAUGAAUCUUUUCCAAAUGAUCCAAUUGUUGGAGAAGAAGACUCGGGAAGUUUACGAGGUGAUAACGGAAAGGAACUAAGAAAUAAAGUCUUAUCAUUGGUUAACACUGUAGUAGAUACUCCUUUGGGCGAUAAUGAGUUAUUAAAUGCGAUCGAUAGAGGAAAUUUUCCCGGUGGCUCACAUGGACGAAUGUGGACUCUUGAUCCGGUAGAUGGAACCAUGGGAUUUCUUCGUGGAGAACAAUUUUGUGUUGGGUUAGCGUUGAUUAUUGAUGGGGAUGUUCAGCUUGGUGUUUUAGGAUGUCCAAACUUACCAGUAGAUCUUAAAGCACCCGAGGGUGAAAGAGGAUGUUUGUUUGUUGCCGUUAAGGGACAAGGUGCUUUUCAAUUUUCUUCAGCCGAAGAGACACAAAUACAUGUGGCAGAUAUUUCAUCACCAUCAGUAGCUUCAUUUUGUGAAUCAGUUGUAGCCUCACAUUCUUCACAUGAUGAUGCGGCAAAAAUUGCAUCAUUACUUGGAAUCACAAAGCCACCUCUCCGAAUGGAUA